AUGAUACUCAGUCUCCUCACCACGACGCUCCUCCUGCUGGCGCGCCCUGGGGCCUCUUCGCCCAGCCCAUCCCACUGCAAGACGUACCCUGGCGACGCCGGCUGGCCCUCCUUAGCCGACUGGCGCACACUGAACCGGACCGUGGGCGGCAACCUCUUUGCGUACGUACCUUUGGGGAGCGUAUGCUCCUCCACCAGCUCUCAGUACGACGCCGCGGGGUGCGCUUCCGUGCGCAGCAAGUGGGUGACGCAGGCGCUGGUGCAGGCGGAUCCGGGGCUUGUGCGCGCGACGACAUACACAAACAACACGUGCAAUCCUCCGGCGGUGGCGGUAGGCGCGCCGUGCACACAGGGCUACUAUCCUGAGUAUGUGCUCCAAGCAAAGAAUAGGAGGGAUAUCGCCGCGGUCGUCAGGUUUGCAAAGAAGAGGAAUUUAAGACUUAAUAUUAAGAAUACCGGCCAUGACUUCAUUGGGAGGAGCAUCGCGCGGGGCAGCCUAAGCAUCUGGCUGCACGAAUGGAAAGGGAGCGAAUUCUUCUCCGACUUCAAGACGUCCUGUCCCGGGUCGAAGGCGCAAUAUGCCGGCAAGAUCACGGGCGGGAACCAAUGGAAGGACACCUACUCAGAAGCUCUCGCCGCUGGAAGGUUGGUUGUCGGCGGUGCAAGUGCGUCUGUCGGCUCCGUGGGUGGUUAUAUUCAGGGCGGUGGACAUUCACCGUGGGGCGCCCAUUACGGGAUGGCCGCAGACCAGGUUCUGGAGUUCGAGGCGGUGGGUCUGGACGGAAAGAUUAUCACCAUCAACGAAUGUACCAAUCCGGAUCUGUUCUGGGCACUCCGUGGUGGUGGCGGCGGAACGUUUGCGGUGGUGACCAGCGUCACCAUCAAGACGUAUCCCAUUCCGGAGAAGAUAGUCGUUGGAUCGCUGUUGCUGUCGACGACGGAUCUUUCUGGGGUGGCGGACACAUGGUGGAGCGGCAUUGGAGCUGUCAACGAAGCUCUGGGCCAGCUUUCGGAGGCGGGCGUCAUGGGCUACUACUACACCACCCCCAGCAUCAAGUCCUUCAGCUUCACCAUCUACCACUUUGACGUCACGCCGGAGCAGACCAGGGCAGCAUUCGCCCCGCUGAUGGCCAAGCUCCAGGCCAUCUCCGCCAGCGCCAACAGCACUGGCUUGCUGACAUCUACGCUCACGGUCUCGGCCACCUCGUACGCCUCUCUGGUUGCUGGGUACGCAGCGGAUAACGGCACCGCGGUGGUGUCUACCGGUGGCGGCUUCCUGAUGUCGUCGCGCCUGCUUCCGGCAUCGGCGAUGAGCGACGACCCCGCCGCCUUCCUCGCGGCGUUCAGGACGGCAGCAAACGGCGCGACCCAGCUGCUCGGCCACCUAGUCGCGGGCGGCAAGGUGGCGCGCAACGCAAACCUGAGCGUCGCCCUGAAUGCCGCCUGGAGGAACGCGAUCUCCCACAUGAUCGUGCUGGAGACCACGAGCAGCGGCGCCGAGCCCGCCGCCGUCGAGGCGCAGCGCCUCGCCCUCGCCAAGAGAACCUCCGGUCUGCGGAAGCUCAGUCCCGGCUCCGGAGCUUACAUUAACGAGUGCGACCUGCACGAGGAAAACAAGUACCAGGCCUUCUUCGGAAGCAGCAUCGACCGGCUGCUGCAAAUCAAAAAUAAGGUGGAUCCCACCGGACUGCUGUAUUGCGGGAACUGCGUCGGCAGUGACGACUGGACCGUUACCGACGGGAAGGUGUGCGCAAAAUAGUCGAGUCCAGUGAGAGUGGUGUCGCGGGGCUACCCGUUGAGGGGGGUUUUUUCCUUUUUUUUCCCGGUUCUUUUUCUUUUUUCCGGUUCUGUUUCUUUUUCCAUUUUCUUUUUCUUUCCCGCUUUAUUUCAGGAUGUUUCCAUCCUCCCCCGAGCCGGCUAGUUAGAUCAGAUCCAUACAGCGCGAGUUGGAAUCCCAUUGAAUACCCAAGUUAGUUUUUAGUAGAUGUGGUACGAUACGAUCCAACUGGCAAUUCAACUACUACGAAGGGGAGAAAGAAACAAGGCAGGUUAAGCUUUCGGCGAGCGUUUGCCGCGCCGGGUGCCAAGCAGUACAUAUCGUAGAGUAGAGCAACUAGAGUACCUCUGUGCGGGAGGUGGUAGUUCAUGUACUUGAUGUAUGUAGAGGUGCGGG